GCUCUGGUUACGUAGCAAGAAGGGAAGUUAGCCUGGUCGCGCCUGGGCUCAGCUUCUGGGCAGUGGUGGGACAGUAGCUCUGGCUUGAGGCCACACCAGAGCUCCAGGAAGAUGUUACCGAGUACUGCAAUGAAUUCCUCGAUGCACGGGAAUGGAGUCUUGAGUUCCAGGGAUGCAGCAAGACACACGGCUGGAGCAAAGCGCUACAAAUACCUCAGAAGGCUUUUUCGUUUUCGGCAGAUGGAUUUUGAGUUUGCUGCCUGGCAGAUGCUCUACCUGUUCACUUCCCCACAGAGAGUUUAUAGAAACUUUCAUUACAGGAAGCAGACAAAGGACCAGUGGGCCAGAGAUGAUCCUGCUUUCUUGGUCCUGUUAAGUAUCUGGCUCUGUGUGUCCACUAUAGGAUUUGGUUUUGUGCUGGACAUGGGAUUUUUUGAAACAAUAAAACUUCUCCUGUGGGUAGUAUUCAUAGACUGUGUGGGCGUUGGCCUUCUGAUAUCAACCUUAAUGUGGUUCAUCUCUAAUAAGUACCUGGUAAAACGCCAGAGCAGGGACUACGAUGUGGAGUGGGGUUAUGCCUUUGAUGUGCACCUGAAUGCUUUCUACCCACUCCUAGUCAUCCUGCAUUUUAUCCAGCUGUUCUUCAUCAACCAUGUUAUCCUGACAGACACAUUUAUUGGCUAUUUAGUUGGAAAUACUUUAUGGUUGGUUGCAGUUGGCUACUACAUCUACGUGACCUUCCUGGGAUACAGCGCACUGCCAUUUUUGAAAAACACAGUGAUUCUUCUCUACCCCUUCGCACCGCUCAUUCUGCUGUACGGGCUGUCGCUCGCGCUGGGGUGGAACUUUACCCAUGCUCUGUGCUCUUUCUACAAGUACAGAGUGAAGUAAGCGAAAGCCCGGCUGUGGUGUUCCUGUAAAACCUGUAAAUAGGCCAUCUCUGUAGAUAUCUUAAAGGUGUAAAGUUUACAGUUUGAGGAGAUAUAUGUUAACACUGUUGAUAAGUGCAUUCCUUGAAACUAAUGUACAUUUCUGUAAUAAAUAUUUUUUAAACUACAGUCUGCAUAUUUGUAGCAUUUAUAGUCACAGAGCUGUAUUUAAAUGCUAAGGGCCUGAAGAAAUAGAAACGGGAAGCCUUUUACUAUUCUGAGAGAAUGUGGUAAGUCACCCACCUGUUACUGACCACCUGCCAAGUCUCCCCAUUUCUACAAGGGGGUUAAGGGCCCUCAGCUUCCCGCCAUACCCUACAGGGUAGCUCACAGGAGGCCCUGACCUGAACAGCAUUUUUUGUGGGGGAAAAAAUCAACAAAAAGGGCCCCCCUCACGUACACUGGAGCAGUGCGGCUGAUGGAUCGGCCUGUGCAUGGUAGUGCAGUGCUGACAGUCACUGUCUCAACAGAGCUUUUCUUCUAAAGACUUCCCAGAAUUCAACCAGAACUCAAAGAACCUACUCUUCUUUAUAACUGAAAAUAAAUCAACUAUUAUAUCAAUUCUAAGCAAUUAAAAAAAAA